UAAAGUUCUUCAGCUGCAAAAUCUACGCUCGGAGUGAUAAAAUUUUGUGCGUGUGCCAGUUUGUGAAAUUGUAUAAAUUUUUUGCCAAAAAUUAUUGAAAUUUAAUAAUGAAAAAACUGCAAGUGUAGAAAUAACAUUUUUUCGCAAAACAUUAGUUUGUGUAUGUGUAAAUGAAAAGAAAGGCUCGCAGAAAAGCUAUACGUAAGCAUAGGAAAAGUGUGAUUGGCAGAAAGGGUAGUAAUAUUUGUAGUGUUAUACGAGGACAGGCAAGCAGCCAGAAAUUUGAAACUGAAAACCGCAGAAGGAUUCCGGGUAAAAAUUUGUAGAAGGCCAAAGUCAAGGAAAUCGGAUUGAGUAAAGUAUUCCAAAGCAGAAUUUGGGGCUCACAUAAAUAAUCUUACAUACGUAUGUACUAUGUGCGCAUAUGUAUGACAAAAGGAAACAGUGAUGAGAUGGCGUACACUAAAAGAGUUGAGUACGCGGCAGCAAAACAUUAUCGAUUGCACAUAAGAAAAGUUUAAUUACUAGAAGUAUAUAGGUGCUUCCAAAAAGUGUACGAAUUCAACUAAUAUACAAUACUACACACACAUGGUUUUGAACAGCGGCAAGAGCUCUGGAAUUCAAAAGCAGUGGUUGUAGAAAAAGUGAUAGGACUCUUAAUCAGAGUUUUCUAUUCUAAUUCAUAUCCUGUGAAUCGGCGAAGGCGCACAGCGCAAUGAGAAAACAACGCAGCUAUCGCAUUUCUCAACAACCAAAACUACAGUACACCCAAGAGAAAUAUAAAAAUAAUUUACAAAUAUCUAAAUUUCAAAAAAAGGGAAUAAGAGUGAAGGGGGUUAAAUUUCAACCUUAUGAAAGUUAAAGGAAAUAGUUGAAAAUUAAGUAAAUAUUGAAAACAUUUGAUCCAGUGCCCGACAGAUUUUUAACAACAGAAUCUUUGAAUUAACUUUAACACAAUUUGUUGAGAACGAUUAAGAUACUGCAUAAAGUGCAUAACGAACCCGAUAAAAAUUAAUUGCAGAAAUUGCAACCGUAAUGAUGAAACGUACGCGUGCGGAUGAAAUCCAAUAUGGCACGCGACCUGGCCCUGGGGGAGUGGGUGGAAGUGGCGGUGGAGGUGGUGGAGGUAUAGGGGGAACCACCAAUUCUGGUGGUAAUACCGUUAAUCUAGGCAAUGUUGUUCCUGGUAGUCACGGUAGCACCUCUUUAAGUGUCGGAUUAUCGGGGGCUAUCGCAAGCGGUUCUAUUCCGCAUCAUCGACUCCUAACACCGCAACAUGGCGGUGCACAGACGAUCGCUUAUUUGCCAUCAACAACACCAGCGGCGACCAGCUUGAAGGGAACGGGGGGACUUGUAGAUAGUAACAGCGGUGUAGCAAGUCACGGCAGUGGAGGCAGCAGUGUCAGUACAGUGCAGUUAACUGGUGGAACAGUUGUUACCUCAUGUGGAGCAGUUGCCGGUACGGUCAAUACAGGGGCUAUUCCCACACAGGCUGUACAGUAUUCAACUUCCUACAAUGUUUCCACCGUAUCUUCCAGUGGUGGCAAUUUGAAAACUACUUCAGAUGGACCCGUUCAAAUUCAUGUAUCGGGAGGAGCCGUUAGUAAUGUUUCGAAUUCUAUAUCUCAGCCAAAUUCUUUGCGAACACGCACGAUUAGCUCCUCUCAAAAUAUUUCUGUUAGCGGUGGGGGUACGCUGACAGCACCGCCAGCUUUGACUGUGCAACAAGCAGCACCGCAACCGCCAACAGCGAUUCAACAAGGUCCUCCACAGCCCGGCCAGCCAGGUGCUCCUCCUCGGCUUAAGGUGGAGGAUGCCCUAAGUUACUUAGAUCAAGUGAAAUUUCAAUAUGCUGAUCAGCCCCAAAUCUACAAUAAUUUCUUGGACAUAAUGAAAGAAUUCAAAUCACACUGUAUUGACACACCUGGAGUUAUUCAGCGCGUUUCCACUCUUUUUAAGGGGCAUACAGAACUAAUUUACGGCUUCAACAUGUUUUUACCAGCCGGUUAUAAAAUCGAAAUACAAUCAGAUGAGUUGGGUGUUUCUGUUCCUGUCGUAUCAAUGCCAUCAGCUUCGCCGAACAGUAUACAUGGUGGUCUUCAAAAUGUCGCUGGCAGUGUCUCAAGUAUUCAAACUCCACUAAUCAGAGGCAGUGCUGCGAAUCAGACUGGAACUAGUAAUGCUUCUAGUAAUAUUGAACACCACCAAUUGCAGAGCAAUACAAAUACUACUGGUGGUGGUGCUGUUAAUCUUAUGACGCAUGGUGGUGCGUCGUUAUCACAAACAACAAUACAUGCAUUACAGUCCACAACUUCUCAACCAUCGCCAAGUGGACCAGCAAUGGUUCAGCAUGCACACGUUUCUGUAUCACCCGCACCAUCGACGGUGCCACAAAUGCAGAAUGUGACGGUGGCACCAGUUGCGGCAGCACACCUACCACAAAAUUUUUCGCGAGACCGAGAUCGCAAUGUAGCGCAAACUAUUGUUACAACUAAUAUAACCGGUGGCCCGUCCACAGUGAAUACGCUCGGCGAACUUAAUUCACAAGUCCCCGGCAGUGGUGGGAGUACUGGAGGGAGUAAUGCGCAUCACAAUCUUCACCACAUUUCACAGGCGCAUCAUUCAAUACUAAUGGGUGAGACAGUUGGUCAGCAAAAUCAACCGGUCGAGUUCAAUCAUGCCAUAUCGUAUGUUAAUAAAAUUAAGAGUCGCUUCCAGAAUAAACCAGAGAAAUAUAAAAAAUUCCUUGAAAUUCUCCAUACUUAUCAAAAAGAACAGAAAGUAGUUAAAGAAGGUAGUCCCAACCAAGGGAAAACGUUAACUGAACAAGAGGUCUAUACCCAAGUGGCAAAGUUAUUUGGUCAAGAUGAAGAUUUACUGAGAGAGUUUGGCCAAUUUCUUCCGGACGCUACAAAUCACCAAGGCGCCCAAUAUAUGUCUAAAUCACACAACGACAAACGCUCUAAUGUUGGCACAGUUAGUGGACCUUUGGGCAGCGGCUCUAGUGGUGCUGUAGGAAGUGGAAGCGGCAGUAGUCAUCACAUGACUAUGCCGGCAGCCUCAGGCUCUCCGCUACAUCUCAACAGCGGCGCUACAUUAUCGCAGAUCGGUAGCAGCACUCAUGCAACCGCUUUGGGUAAUUUAUCGGCCGUUAAUACUAGUGUGAGCAUUAAAUCGUAUAACAAUGCACAGCAACAAUCGCAAAACCAUAUAAUUAACACGAGUUCAGUAAGCGGUCGUGGCGGAGAGUUAGUCUAUGACAAAGAUUAUCCGCACCAUGUAACUCUUCACCCUACUGGCAGUGCUCUUCAUAUGAAGGUAAUACAUGAUGGUGCUGUUGGCAGCGGCGGUGUACAUCACGAUAUAAAUGCUGCAACAACAAGUAUACGUAGUUAUGAGAAAGACACACAUCGUAGCAAUCACCACGCGCUAAGUGGGCUGAAAUAUCCGCACGCUCCAGGAACUAACAUUGGUGGGGUUUCCGGUCACUCUUCUAAGAAGUCGCCAAGUUACAAUUCGGGUAUGGCCUCGUCGCUGAGCGGCAGUGGCAAUGCUGCGUUGAGUAGUGGCGGCAUGGAUCGCUCCGCUCUUGGUAUGAACUAUCCACAACAAGUAGUUGGUGGCUCACAUCAUCACUUAUCGGCAACGCGGCGUCCAGCAAUUGAUGAUGGCGGUAGUGGUAGUGGGGGUGGAAGUCUCGGUAGUGGGCCACCUCCUGCUAAAAAGCACAAAGCUAUUUGUAAGGACGUUUCAUUUGCGGAAGCUUCUAGAAAGUGUACGAUCUCCGAUGCUGCGUUUUUCGACAAGGUGCGCAAAGCACUACGAAACCCCGAUGUAUAUGACAACUUUUUGCGUUGUCUGACUGUUUUCAAUCAUGAGAUAAUUUCAAAGACUGAAUUGCUACAAUUGGUAUCGCCAUUCUUGAGUAGGUUCCCUGAUCUACUAAACGGAUUUACUAAGUUUCUGGGGCAACCAAUAUCGCAAAUGGCUUCGAGCGGUGCUGGGGGCAGUAGUUCCGGCAUUUUCGGCUUGGAGGAAAUACCCAUGCAGGCGGCACAUAGACAAAACAAUAAUCUAAGCAAUUCAGCAGCAAUAAACGAUCGCCAAGGUAAUCACCAAGGCGGUGAAUUGGCACAAGAUAUCGAUUUAACAUCAUGUAAAAGACUGGGUGCGUCCUACUGUGCGUUGCCCCAAUCGACUGUACCAAAAAAAUGUUCCGGUCGUACAGCGUUAUGCCGUGAAGUACUAAACGACAAGUGGGUUUCAUUCCCAACUUGGGCUAGUGAGGAUUCCACAUUUGUGACCUCACGCAAAACACAGUUUGAGGAGACGAUUUACAGGAACAUUCACAGAACGGAAGAUGAACGCUUCGAACUGGAUGUAGUGAUUGAAACCAACAGUGCUACAAUUCGUGUGCUCGAGGGUGUGCAGAAAAGAAUGUCUCGCAUGCCGCCAGAGGACUUGGGCCGGUUUUAUUUAGACGACUAUUUGGGUGGCACUUCGCAGACGAUACACCAACGGGCUAUACAUCGCAUAUACGGCGACAAAGCAGGCGAAAUAAUUCAAGGCUUAAAGAAGAACCCAUCUGUAGCAGUGCCAAUAGUACUGAAGCGUUUGAAAGUUAAAGAGGAGGAAUGGCGAGAUGCUCAAAAGGCCUUCAAUAAGGUGUGGCGUGAACAAAAUGAAAAGUAUUACUUAAAGUCUCUUGAUCAUCAAGCUAUCAAUUUCAAGCCAAACGAUAUGAAGGCAUUGCGCUCCAAAAAUCUUUUUAAUGAAAUAGAAACCUUGUACGAUGAGCGCCAUGAUCAAGAUGAUGAGAAUGGGGAACCCGUCACUGGGCCACAUCUCGUGCUGCCAUAUAACGACAAAACUAUACUUGAUGAUGCUGCCAAUUUGUUGAUUCAUCAUGUAAAGCGUCAGACAGGUAUACAGAAGCAGGAAAAGACUAAAAUAAAACAUAUAUUAAGGCAAUUCGUGCCUGAUCUAUUUUUCUCGGCACGCCAGCCGCUAAGCGACGAUGAGCGCGAGGAAGAUGACAACGAAAAGACGGAUGCAGAUUCCAUCGUACCAAGUAGCAGAGGCGAAAUUCAUGCUGGCAGCUGUGGUAAGGGCAGUGGUAGUAAAAUAGUAAGUGGGAACACAUCUGCUCUGCCUAACACCGACAUAUCAUGUGGCACUGCGGGCUCUAAAUCCGAUGGCACUGAACCUCUUGAUAAAAAUUCACCAACAACGACGGCAGCAAGUGGCAAUUUCUUUGAAAAUCACAAAACUACUGAACCAAAUGUGAUAUCAUCAAGUAACAACAAUACUACCAUACUCAAUACUAGUGGUGAUGGCAACAAUUCCACUAUAUCUAUGUCUACCACGUUGACUCCGGGCGAAAAAUCCUCUUCUCCAAAGGAUUCCACCUUGGCGCUUACUAAGGGGCAAGUAAUCAAUAAUACUGCCACUGAAGAAGCCAAUAACAGCGGGAGAACAACAUCAGACUCCGUAAUAAAUGUCAACUCGGCAGUAGUCUCCGCCACAACAAUACUAACAUCAGCAGCGGCGACGUCUGAAAACGCAAGUAAUAGUGCUAGUGGUGCCAUUUCGGGAGACAAAAGUUCAAUUGCACAUAAAUGUGAUACUGCGGGAGUUGCGGCGUCGUCUAACGCCACAACACCGACAGGGUUAAAAGGAAAUGCAACGAAAGAGUCAAGUGAGAAAAGCAGCUACACUGCUACUGAUAGCAUAACAACGGGCACAAAUGUAACAUCCGCAAGCGCAACUAUCGCUUCACAGGGUCAAUCCAGCGGUAGUAAUUCUGUUGAUAUACAAAUUAAGGAAGAAGUGCAGGAUAUGGAUGUGGAUAUAGUAUUGCCGCCCCAUGCGAUCAGCAAGCAUUUGGACGAAGCGUACACACUAUUCUUUGCCAAUAACAAUUGGUAUUUAUUCUUGCGUCUGCAUGCCAUUCUGUGUGAACGUUUGCGAACAAUGUACCAACGAGCGCGAUUACUGGUUGCUGAAGAGGAACGUCAACGCUCUAAACGUCGCGAGAGUACAGCGACAGCACUAAGACUGAAACAGAAAUCCGAAAUACAAGUCGAGGACUACUACCCAACAUUCCUGGAAAUGCUCAAGAAUGUACUGGAUGGCAAUAUGGAUUCUAAUACAUUCGAAGAUUCGAUGCGUGAGAUGUUCGGUAUAUACGCGUACAUAUCCUUUACGCUUGAUAAGGUGGUUUCGAAUGCUGUGCGUCAGCUACAAAACUGUGUCACUGAACGUGGUGCACUUGAGUGCGUUGAACUGUACCACAAUGAACAACGACGGGGCGGUGCAGGUGGUUAUUGUCGCGAAGCGUCUAAGAAUUAUGCCAACGAAUUAGCGUACCAACGCAAGGCCGAGGCCAGUCUGCAUGAAGAAAACUGCUUCAAAGUUUAUAUUUACAAAAUUGACUGCCGUGUUACAAUCGAGUUGCUUGACACUGAAGUGGAAGAAGCUGAAAAGCCUGUAAAUAAAGUAAAAUCGUGGAGUAAAUAUGUUGAUCGUCUGGCCAAUCCAGCGGGGAAUGCCAAUUUGGGCCAAAAUACGAUGGGCUCUUCGAAUUUAGCUAGCUCCGGUGUUGGCGGUAGUACGGCGAGUAAUGCCAACAGCAUGAGUAUGUUAAGUAAUGCGGUGAAUCUAAAUGCGACAGGUUUGCCAACAAUGCCAAGCAGUGGUGUUUUGGACGCUAACGGAAGCGAAAUGAAGCUGGAACGCAUGGAUGAUGACUCACUGGUCAAAUCUCCCAACAAGGCUUAAAAAUGAACAAAAACUAACUGAUAAAUGUUGUAAAGUUAGUUGACCCGAUUCUAACAUUUUCAUAACUAUUGCACAAAAAAAACACUGCAGAAUGUUAAAGUCAAACGGAAGUGAUAUACAUAUUUAUAAAUCAAUGCUAAUUGUUUUCCCCCAACAAACACUGAGAACACACAUGCACUUAUUCAUAUUGUAUUUAACAUAGUAAAUAUGCUGAAAAUUAAAAACAAACAAAAAAAAACAUUAGCAGCACUUCAGAAAUCAAGUAAUGUCAUAUUUUGUAAUCUAUUUGGCGUUUUAAUUGUUUUCCACACCACUCACUUAUUUUUGUUGUUCCGUAUUUGAAGUCUUACUUUUUGUGUUCAAUUAUUUUCAUUGCAAAAUAAAUAAAAUACUGGCACCCAUGUUAUCGUGAGCGACCGUUAUAUGUAAAAACCUUAAAUUAACGUGUUUAACCCUAACGGGAUAGUCGUCGACGUUUCGAUGUCAUAGUAGAGUUUCUUUUCUUUCCUGUCAAAGUUUAUUGUUAUUAAAAGUGAUGCGACAAACUUCUAUGAUAAUUUUUCUUUGAAAAAAAUCUAAAAUAUAAAGGGCUACAUCAAUAAUGAUUACUUUUAAAUAUGUGAAAUAACGUUACCCUUUAAGGGUUAAAAAGAGAGUACAUUCGGUUCAUAAUUAAAUAGUCGACGAUUAUAUUUUGAAAAUUCACAAAAAUUAGCGAAUUUCGCAAAAUUCAUAACUAUCUAUGACUGAGUAGGGGAGGAGUGUACUUGAGCUAUAUACAGUCAUAGUUAAAAAAAAAAGUAGCCUAUGGCAACUUUCGAACUCCUUUUCCAUACGAACAAAUGUUAGUUCAUAUUAUUGCUAAAGUAGAUUUCACUUAUGCACUGUUGGCUUAUAAUAAUAGCCAAAUGGAUAAAUACGAGCAAAGCAUGCAGAUCUGGAAUGGUUCUUCAAGUAUAACAUGUUACAUAUUAUAGCGUUUGCUUCUUCAAUGAGGUACCUCUUUUUACACUGUACAAUUUUUCAAAUCAUGUCUAGAUUUUUGCUACUUAAAAUAGCAUAAACAUUAUUUAAUAUUACUGCACUUUGUGAAUAUGCACAAGAAUGAUUCAAAUUCGUGAUAUCGCCCUUACAUAUGGCCUGGUAAGUCUGUAUGUAAAUUAAACUCAAUUCAGAGCCUCGACGCAUAUACAGCUGUGGACCAGCAACAUUUUGACCAGUUCUGGUUGUUUUUCUUUUCUCUUUUACUUAUUUAAUGUUUAUCUUUCUUCUUUUUUUAUAAAAGUCUUGCUCAAAUAAGAAAUACCACUACCAUAUAAAUCCACAUUUUGAACUUUUUACAAAAAUUAUAAAUAUUCCCUACAAAUUUAAUCCUUUGUAUUUAGAUUUUUUAGAAGAAAUUCGCAACAAACUUGUGGUACCCUUUAAAUUUUAGUAAAGUGCAGUGCAAAUUUGAAAUGGCGCAAAAUACUCAUAAUUUUUUCUCCAUUUAAUAAAAAAAAAAAACAAAAAAAAAGAAAUCGUGCCUUCGUUCUUUCUCUUCUUCUAGAUUGGCGCGAUAACCGCUUACGCGAUUUUGGCCGUGUUUGAUAAAGCGCACCAGUCGGCUUUUUCUCAUGCUAACCGGUGCCAGUUAGACACAUCAAGUCCUUCUCCACUUCUGUCUAACGCAGAGGAGACCUUUCUCUUCCACUGCUACCACUAGUUGGAACCGCAUUGAAUACUUUCAAAGCCGUAACGUUUGUAUCCAUUCGGACGGCAUGACCCACCCAACGUAGCCACUGGAUCUUCAUUCGCUGCGCUAUGUCUAUGUCGUGAAGCUCAUACAGCUCAUUGUUCCAUAGCCUGCGAAACUCGCCAUCACUAUCGUGCAAAAGUCCAAAAUUCUUGCUCAGAAUCUUUCUUUCAAACACUCCAAGUGACGCCUAAUCGGAUACGUUAAGACGGGCAUGAUGAUAGCCUUAAAAAGUGUUAGUUUUGUUCGUCGAGAGAGGACUUUACUACUUAAUCGAAAGUAGUACUUGUUGGCAAAAGAGAUUCUCUAUAGGAUUUCAAAGCUGACAUUGUUAUGGGUGUUAAUGCUGGUUCCU